AUGGAAUUCUUGCAGUCCAGUAAUGAGCAUACGAUCUCCGAAGUUACGCCUGAUGCGGAACCCAUAUCAGAGAAAACAGACAUUACAGGAAAAGACAAGGAAUUCUACCAAGAGGAAAAUGAUGUGAACCAUGAGCUACAGUCAUCGAAGAAACCAUGGUCUUUUCACUUGGCAUUCAUUGGCCUCGCGUCUAGUCUUUUUGUCUUCCAGAUGGACGCGACGUGUCUGGGUAUGGCACUACCUACUAUUGCUGGUGACCUAGGCGGUACCAGUUUACAAUCCUUUUGGGCGAAUCUAGCAUACACAUUAUCUGGUCUUUCCAUGCAACCAGUAUGGGCGAGUAUUUCCGACGCAUUUGGAAGAAAACCGCCUCUAUUCGUAUCCAUGGCAUUAUUUUUCAUCGGAUCUAUUGUGUUUGCCAUUGCCGAAAACAUGGACACGAUUAUUAUUGGUCGUGUACUCCAGGGAUUUGGUGGUGGAGGAAUCGACGUUCUCAGCGAAAUCAUAUUAGCUGAUAUGACGACCCUGCAAGAACGUUCAAAGUACCUUGGGUUAAUGGGAAUUCCUUCGGCUAUUGGGAAUAUCCUGGGGCCCUGUGUUGGUGCACUAUUCUCCACGUAUGCUAGCUGGCGCUGGAUUGGAUGGAUGAAUUUACCUUUCUUGGGAGCUGCUACACCGUUGCUGUUUUUCUUUCUCAAGUUACGACCGGUUAAACUUGAUGCUUCUCUUGGUAGUAAUGUGGCCCGACUUGAUUGGAUUGGUAUGAUGUUGAUGAUUAUUGGCAUUACGAUAUUUGUUUUACCGUUAAGUUGGGCAGGGUCAUUGUUUCCGUGGGCUUCGUGGCAGACUCUUCUUCCCAUGCUUUUGGGAGUCGUAGUACUUGUUGGCUUUGGAUUUUAUGAAGCUUACCCGGUGUCACCGGUCGUUCCUCAUCGACUGUUCCAUAGGAUGACUGCGAAUAUGACACUCGUUGGAGUGUUCUUUCAUGGUGCAGUUUUAGUAUCACUUUUGCAGUAUUUACCUUUGCUGUAUCAAUCUAUGCAGCUGGAGACUCCGAUUAUGUCCGCUGUCGCCCUGUUACCAACUGUCAUUACCAGUGUGGUCUUUGCAGUUAUCUCAAUGAUGAUGGUCCCAUUAUUUGGGGGAUAUGCAUGGCUCCUUCGAUUCUCAUGGGUCAUCCUUACUCUAGGCACUGGUUUACUCGCUUUGUUCAACAUUGGAUCAUCGGAGUCAAUGCGUUAUGGACUUCCAAUAUUGUGGGGAAUUGGUGUUGCUAUGCUUCGUCUCAGUCUUCUGCCAAUGUCGGCAAGUGUCAAAGAUGCAAACGACACCGGCCUUGCGAUCGCCUUGCUGCUUGCUGUUCGCAUGCUUGGGGGUCUGGUAGGCCUCACCGUUGCUUCAACCAUUUUCAAUACAACCUUCUCGAACUUGAUUUCCUCUUCUUCAAUAGAGCUGACUGGAUCUCUUGCACCUCUUGGUGAUGCUGCUAAUGCUGUCAACUUCAUUGAUGAGCUAAGGUCGCUUGACAUUUCAGCAUCAGUCCUCGAUCCGGUCUUGAGAGUUUAUCUCAGAUGUUUUCAAAAUAUCUUUUAUACAAUGACAGGCCUAGGUGGUCUUGGAUUGUUGGCUUCGUUCUUCAUUGCAGAGAUUGAUUUAAACCGGAAGAAUCUUGGAAAUCAAGCACCUGAGGAAUGA